CGUGAUUUCCACCUCCGCGCCGCAAAAUCAACAAACAACUUUUCCUACACAUCUAACAUCCACGCUACAAGCUACAAAAUCGCUCGGUGUGCGUAUCGUUCUUCUGGGCAUCUUUCACAACGAAAGCUAUCAUGAUCAACUACCUUCGUGGGGGUCGCGUCACCAGCAAUGUUGCGAGCACUAGACUUCGCGGUAUGGGCUGCCAUGAGGCUUACCAGCUAGCCAUGCAUACACUUGACCAGUAUCGAGGCACAGUGGUAGCCUGCCGCUACUGCCCGCCACUUGGUUUAACCCACCCUGACUCCCUCACGAAACUCAAAGCCGAAUUUCAUGAUGCCAUCGCACGCGUUGUCCUCGCCCAGCCUCAUCUACAAGUCGGCAUCACAGACGAAAAUUCCAAGGACCCUGCCUUUGUUCGCCUUCCUCGCCUUGACCUGCGCGAUCAUGUUAUCUGGACCUCACUUGACACCUCCAAUCAUCUUGAGUCGCUGUACCUACAGUCUAUGCAAGAUCAGCUUGACUCCAGGUAUGAUCAUCUCUCAACCCAGCCUGGCUGGCGAGUAGUCAUAAUACAUGAGGUUGGGGCAGAGUCUAUGGAGGUGUUGUACGUCUGGAACCAUCCACAUCAUGACGGAAUGAGCGGGAAGAUAUUCCAUCAAAACUUGCUCCGGAAUCUCAACGAAAACUUCACUCAAAACAGGGAGCCCAUACUCAAGGUUUCCGAGGACUCGAACAGUUGGGUCCUUGAGCUCCCCGAUCCUUUUGACAAAUUGCCCCCAAAUCCUGAGGUUCUGUCUUCGUGGCCUAUGACACCAGUAUUCCUGUUGAAAUGUCUCUGGAAUGAGUUGAAACCAACAUCGAUUUUCCCACCAGGCAAUACGCACGCGAGAUGGGCUCCAAUUCAAACCUCCCCCUUCACAACGAGAUUUCGCAACUUCACGGUUAGCAAUAACAUUGUCGCAAAAGUAGUCGCUGCUAGCAGAUUACACCACACCACUCUCACUGGCCUUGUCCAGGCCCUCGUGCUGGUAUCUCUCACAUCCGCGCUUGAGAACAUGAACGGCUUUGCAAGCAGAACUCCUUACGACCUGCGGCAGAUCUUGCCAUCAAACACCCCCCAGUACCCUUGGUUACAGCCGAAAGAAUCGAUGUGUAAUUAUGUGUCGGUUGUAGAUCAUGAGUUCGACGCCAAGUUAGUUGCGACGAUCCGUUCUAAAAUGGCGGCCACGGCCUCGGACACAGGCCUGUCUACUGACUUGAUGGACAUAAUCUGGUCCGUCUCGGCCCGAGUAAGACGAGAGAUCCAAGCUAGACUUGAUUCGGGCGUAUGGGACGACAUGAUAGGCAUCAUGAAAUUCGUCUCAGACUGGCGAACCCAGCAGCAGAGCGAGACACACAAGAUGAGAUACUUGUCUUGGCUCGUGACCAACCUCGGCGUCCUCGAUGGGGGAAUUGAUGGCCCACAAAGACAAGAGGCAGGCUGGUCGUUACGUCGAGCGGAGUUGAUUCUGAGCACAGAAGUACCUUCGGCUGCCUUGUCCGUGUCGAUCAUGACAGUAAAGGGUGGAGAGAUGUGUGUCACGUGUAGUUGGCAAGACUGUGUGGUUGAUUCAGACCUUGGCGAGCGUUUAAUGGGCGAUCUGGAACGGUGGCUGAAUGAAAUUGGCUCUUAGGUGUUAUGCAAAAGCCCUCGGCUUCUGGUAAGGGUAAGAGUCUCGCGGUACCUAUACCAACCUAAUCAUCUUAGUGUAUCAACCCAUUUCCCUCUUCGGGAAACCAUGAAGCUACCCGGCUCUCACAUCAGCACCCCAAGUUUGCGCCUUGUAUUAUCUUGUGCUUCAAAACAUCGCCUAGAUUCGCCAGUUGUGCGACGUACAUCAUAUCCACUACCACAGCCUCCGCCUAUUGCUCCGUACGGAAGAAUUCCGAAUUGGCCAUAGUUUGAUGCUUUUAGCGCUGCGGUACACCGUUACAACGCCUUCCUCACAGAUGUAUGCUUCCUAAUUCGCCAGCCUUGGCGGUGCCACCCGGGAGGGGCGCAGCGUGUUCCAGGGUAUUCCAGGAUUAAACAGCGGCAGGAUAAGU